CGACACCACAGCACAUUCUCGCCACCUCUCUUUCUCUGUCGACCCUGCUGCUCGAAUCACCAUGCUUCCUCCACGACCACCAACAUUCCACGCUGCCAGCCCUGCCAAGAGGAGACCUGUUCCCGUAGGCUUCAGGCGGUCGUCGAGCUCGGUCAACAGCAGCAGUCGUGGGCAAGAAGAGCAGAAGCGGGAGCUGUCGCCCAGGAGAAGUAAGAGGCUUGUUCGGCCGCAGAGCGCAAGGUUCCACAGCAGCCACGACGUGCUCGAUACCUCUCACUUAGACGGGCUGUACUUCGAGCACCAGCGGGCGCAGGCGCUGCUGCGUCUUCGGCAAGAGGGGCGGCGGCAGGAGAGGAAGCUACCGGUCUACCCCUCCAAGUCAGCAGCAGUAAAGGUCGGAAUCGUGGAUGACUGUGACGAUGAUGAGGAUUCGCCAACAGCCAAAUGUCCUGCUUCUGCUGAUGAUAAAUUCACCACAUCAGAACUUGAUGACACACGAAGAUACGGGGAGUAUUCUGCAGAGGAGAUCGCGCUGCGCCGCUUCAUGACGAUGGUGGCGUGGGGAUCCGGCUUGAAUGUGGUCAAGUACAACCGCGGCAGGGGGCGGGUUCGUCGCGUGCUUAAGUUCAACGACGAGGAGGGCUUCCUUUGCUGGUGCGGCACGCUUCCCCCCUACGCCUUCCACAAGACCAAGGUGCCCGCGCAGAAGCUGCUCAAGGCUUCUCGGCUGGGCAACCUCGUGACCGUCGGAAUCGCGGAUGAGGGGGACGUUGCCUUUAGGUGCGGCCGCCUCACGGAAGCGAUCGUGUUGGAGGUCGGCUUGAAUGGUGUCAUACGGGCGUGCAACAAUACGAGCAAGAAGUGAUGAUGUCGUCGUUGUUGGUGUUGGUGUUGGAGGCCUCUGCGUACUGUGUAGCAUCCAACAUGCUCCCUUUGCGUAGGGUGGCCCAUUGGCCGGCGAGAGAAAAAUAUUUUGUUGGCGACGAAGGGAAACGCAUUGUCGCGACAGCUAUAUUAAGGAGUUGGGCCGUACAUCAUGGGAAGGUCGUUCCUGAUGUCCGUCCUAUGUGGUUCAUCUGCGUGUCCUAUUUCAGCUGUUGGAGGCAUCAGAUAGAGAGAUGCUUUGUGCUGACGGCAGAAGGCGCUGUUUUCGUCUGGGUUGUAAAAUUGUGGUAGGAGAGGGGUUGGCGACGUAGAGACUAUUCUCAAUUCAGGGGGACAAGAGGCGUGUUUGUCAAGAAUCUUCUCUGUCUGACAAUAAUCAACCCGAUCCUUACACCGGCGGACGAAGUGGUGAAGUAUGCAGGUAUUCGUACAGAGGUUUGCUGAAAACGCACGACGAGGGGACGGAAGGAGGGGGGGAGGGGGCCAUUCCAACCGCGCUGCCGUACUCCGCGGACGGGCAAGUCUACAAACCAUUCGGUCGACGAAACCACCGCGCGUCUUGCUCUUCGUCUUUUUAUGCACGGCCUUCUUGUGCAUGGGUGGGUGCUUUGGCACGAUUUUUCUGGCCAUCGGCAUCGUCCGCUCGUGAUGAUGUCCUUGUCGAAACGGGAUGGGGGUGGAUUUGGUCGCUCUCUUUGGUUGUCUAGUUGGCUGGAGCUCUUUCUUUGUACCCGGACUGACAGUGUCGAACGUGGGGUUCCCCCAGUGCAUCGUGGUAGACGACCGUCGCCCGGAGUAAGACAGAAGUAGAAAGAUGAGCGACACAAAUAUGAGGUCGGGUUUGGGGUAAGGGUCAUGGGACACAUGCAUGCGUGUUUAUGUGGUGGGCGGUCAUUCCAGGCGGAGGGGUCAACCGGACAGACUAAAUGUUUACGUUUUACUCCAAUUUUGGUUACAACCCUUAAAACGAUCUCACCUCUGUCCGCAGGAUUGGGCGAUGAGCCCGCAGCAUUUUUUCGUAGUCCUAGUCCACGAUCUGUGUGCUCGUUGGUGGUCGUGCUUGGUUCUCGUACCUCUCAAAAUGCGUGAAGGGUUUAUGUUGUGAAGUUUAUUCGGGUUCAUUAGUAGGAGGGGUGCUGGGGGUGUGCAUGUAUGCAUACUUCGCCAACGUACGGUAUAGUCUAGAUGUGUCUUCCGAGUAAUUUCGGAUAUAUACGCGGUUUUUGAAGGUACAGUAGCUUAUCUCUGCAUUGCGCCACUCUCAGGUGCAGCCGCCCCAUCGCCGACCUCUUGCUAGGCCAUGUGUUCAUCAUUUGCUUGUAUGGCAGUCCACAACGCUGGGCCUUGACCUUUCGUGUUUGGUGUGGUCUAACAUUUUUUUGGGCGAACGCCAAUCAAUGCUUUAUCUCUGGCGACCUGAAUGUGGCGAGACAGCGGUAUCUCCAGCUGUGACUUGGAGGCACGGUUGUCGUUGUGGCUUAAAU